CCCAGCACGGCGCACAAAAGACGCUCCCGAGGAAAAUUUUGCUCGUCACAAGAAUCAAGUCCGCGCCCUGUCUGUCCGAAUGGUGGCGGUAAUGUAGCAACCGGAAGAAGAAAUAGUCGCCGUAGAAGAAGAAGAGGCGGAAGAGAAGCGGAUGUUUUGGAAAGCAGUCGGCUUCACUUACUUAGUUACUUGACUCGGAUCUACACGGCUAAUCCGACAAGACGUGAUUUAUUCCGCUGAAUUAAUUUACGCGGACCUUUCAGAGGACAAACAAGACAGUCAGCCUGUACUGCUGUGGUCUUCUUGGUUUUAAUGAGCUAAUGUGAGCGUUAGUUUAAAACGAAAAUGGGUAAAAAGUCAAAAAAGAGAAAACGCAAGAAGUUGUCGUCAUCCUCAAGUGAAGAAGAUGAGAAGGAAUCCAAGGAGCGAGAUGUUACCAGAAAAUGCAAAAGUACCAAGAGGGAGCCAGAUGGAAACAGACACGAGAGCUCUGCAUACAAACAGGAAAACUCUGCUUCUCCUACCAUUAAAGAUGUCUUCCAAAGCACCCGUCACAUUAAAAAGCCUGUCUACAGACUGCCAAAGUCACAGGCAGAAGACCGGAAACCUGUUAAUAAGGAGGAGGAAUGUACAAAAACAAAAAGUGUCUCUGUGGCAUUCCAUGGGGAAAAUUGCUCUAGUAAAGCAAAACAUGAUAUUUCAGGGAAAUGUUAUUCUGCCAGUAAGAGCAGGACUGUGGAAAGGGAGUCCUCAAAACACUUGAACACCCACAGUGACGUUAAAGUCCCUCAGAGACCAGAGGGACCGUCUAAAGGCAGCUUAGAUGAAACGUCUUCCCAGAGGAGCCAAUCCAAAUUAAAAGAGCAGCUAAUGAGUCCCUUGCCGGUUUCUGCUGAACAGAAACAACAGAAUAUACCGAGGAGGAAGAGCAGCGCUGAGGAGACGCCAAGGACGGGAAAAGACAGCGAUGCUAUCAAGACCAGAGAACCAAGCAAGACCUCCUCCAUCUCUAGGGAUUAUGCACGGCAGCAGAGAAUAGAGCUUGUCAAGGAGCGGCGUCAAAGGCAUCCAGAAAUUAACCUUAAGGCCAAAUCGAGCCACUGUACACAAGCAAAAACUCCAUCCACAUUUCCCACAAAGCAAUCUUUCACUUCAACCAAGCACACUACCUCAGUUAGCAGCUCAAAUGUGGAGAAGAGUGCAAUUUCAAUCCCAGGGAAUGUCACAUCGGUGUCACAGAGCGCAACUAAGUCAUCAUCUGCUCAGCAGCAAAUGCGACCACUUGUGUGUUUUAAUUUUAAGAUACCAAAAAUUCUUCAUCCAAAGCCCAUAGACAGCACCAGUAAGAAUAUAAAAGCUAUCUCUACAAACAUAAAUCUCAAACAACAAACUGAUCUUACAAACUCUGGGGCCUUAAAGAGUGAGUCCAAGCAGGAAGCUGUCCAACAAGCUCAUAACCGUUUGGAUGUUACUCCUAGUUUUUCAUCUGAAGGACAAGAUAAGAAGUCAUCGCUGUCAGGCCAGCAGCUCCCAGCUACAGUUGAUGCAGUCACCGAACCGUGGCAUGAUGAGAUGCAAGUGGUUGAAGAGCUUCAUCUUGCCCGCUCUGAGAAGAGACUGGAGGUGAAUGUAAUGGAGAGCUAUGGGGAACUCACCUGUAUGGACAUAGACCCUCUGGAGGGGAUAAAUGCAGACGCACACUGCAAACAACCCGCUCAGCAGGACUUGAUCCUUGUUUUGGACACCAACAUCCUCCUCAGCCACCUGGAUUAUGUGAAAAAGAUGAGAUCUCAUGGCCUUGGAGUCAUGGGCUUCCCUGUGGUCCUGAUCCCCUGGGUGGUGCUUCAGGAGAUGGAUUCUCUAAAAAGAGGAAAAGGCCUGUCAGGUUCUGUUGCCCACCUGGCCAUCCCUGCCAUCUCGUACAUUUACAACUCGUUGAAGAACCGGGAACCUCACCUGUGGGGGCAGUCCAUGCAGCAGGCUGCCGCCAGCAGCAAUGGUCUCAGUGCUGAGAAUAAUGAUGACAGAGUGCUGCAGUGCUGCCUGCAGUACCAGAGUCUGUACCCAGAGUGUGCUCUCAUCCUGUGCACUAAUGACAAGAACCUGUGCAGUAAGGCCCUGCUGAGCGGGGUGAAGGCCCUCAGCAAGAAUGAUUUGGAGGUAGAGGCUAGGAGAUCUGCACAUGGCUUUCGUCCUCUGCAAAACAUUAAGCCUCUCAUCAGCCCUCAGGUCUCAUCACCAAUGCUGAGCACGAACUAUACAUCAGUCCAGCCUCACAGUCAAGAGAGAACAGGCCUUUCUGUAGGACUCACAGAGAAAGUUAUCACAGAUGACAAGAGGCUGAACAAACAAGAGGAUGAACAGAAGACAAAAUGCGACGUGAGCAUAUGUGUUUCUGAACUAGAAGACUGCCUGCGAGAGGUGCUGUCUGAUGUGUUAGAGGUGGAGAUGAAGGCCGCAUAUGAAGACCUCUGGUUAGAGAUAGUUUAUCUAAAACCACCCUGGACUCUUCAAGAUGUGUUGCGCUGUUUGAAAAAGCACUGGAUCGCUGUCUUUGGGCACAUUGCCCCUCGCAGGAAGGAGCAAACUGUAACAAAUCUCAUCAACUUCUUUAACUCAGGUAAUACAGAAGAGCGUAGCGCUACUUUAGCAGCCCUCCAAGAAGCUAAGGAGCUUGUGAAAGCGUUCGGAAAGAGUUCGAGCCGUGUUGCCAGUGCCUUCUCUGUCAUGGACGACAUUUUCAAUAAGCUGCAACCACAGGGUGAACCUCCCGCCAGUGAUGUUGUCAUGAACGAUGACGACGAUCAAGACAAGCAACCCACGUCUGCUCAGGUCUCUCACCAGGAAGUGUGGGCCCUGUUUGAGAACAUCUGGACUAAUGUGUGUCAGAUAAGCUUCGAAGUGUUCAAAGCUCUGGGCUUUGACCCUCACACUAUGCAGAGCGCUCAGCCAGUGGGAGGCCCUCCGCCACCACAGGAUGCCUUGGACUGUUUGCACAAACUGUCCUCCAUGGUCUCACAGCUGCUCCAGGCCUUCAGCAGUGUCCUGUCCUCAGCGCCUGGUGUAGAGGACAUCCAGACGCUGCUCAGCAUCAUCCACUCUAAUAAGAUUGUUGAUGUGGAUUCCAGAUUCACAGCCAAAGACCUUCUCGAUUGUUUCUCACAACAAGACUACAGGGAGAGGCUGACAGUUGGAGGGAACCAGUUAAUGGAGCUGAAAGGGGCCCUGGAUCGCUGUGUGGGGAUGACGGGUCAACACACCACCUUUCCCACGUAGCCCCGAUUGGACCAGAACCAGGAAGUGUGCACAUCAGCCAAACAGACGCCCUGAAUAAACUGAUUACUUGAAGUAACAAUUGUAAGUUAAAGAGGCGUCUGGUCAUACGCAGGAGCUGUUUACCUUUUUUUUAUCGUGUACACAAAUGUUACCCGUGACACGGUUGUUGUUCCGUUCCCUGAAUGAAUUGAACCUAUGAAGGUUCUCCAUCGUUCUAUCGUUUACAGAGAAUGACCUGACUCCUCACAAGAGGCUCUUUUGCAUUUCAGUUCAGUGGGUCUAUGAACAUUUAUUUGCAUAGAAAAUGGCAUUUUUUUGUCAGAAGGGAUUUAUUCAUUUUUUUCAUAGUUCAGUUUAUCAGCUUUUGAAGUGCAAUUGGUGUAACAAAACAUUUAUUUUGUGAUAUUUAUUUUGUGAUAUUUUUUGGGCCUUUAUGAAGGUGUAAUGUGCAACAGUGUGUGAAGGUGCCCACUUUUGUUAUGACAAUGAUCAACUCUAUUCUAAUGUCUGCUCACCAUUUUUCAACCCAGGACCUGGUAAGCAGUUGUUUCCCCAUUAUUAAUGAUCGUUCAACUUCAGUUUCAGAAAGCUCAUUGAAGCUUCUCACUGGUCUUAAAGGAAAUUAUACAUUUUGGCAAAUAAUCUGGCAGAGAGUUAAAUGACAACAACAAUAUGAUUCUCAUUGAAUCUAUUAGAUAUGAAGCUCAAGCUUGGAGACAGUUAGCUUAGCUUAGCCGGAAAAGACUGGAAGCAGGGGAAAAGAGCUAGUCAAGCUCUGUCCAGAUUUUAAGAAUGACCAUCUUUGAUCUGAAGUUUUGUCUUUUUUUUCCAGGCAGAGUGACUUCUGAGAGUCAUGUCGUCACCCAUGAUGUUGAUUUUUGUAAACAGACGCCUGUCGGGUCAUGCACAUGUUAUACCAAAGAAGAUCAAAAAAUUGAUAAUUCCCGGCUGAGAAUUAGACAGCAGGUUACAUCUUUGAAGAUAUUUUUGUGAUCUCACUAUCCAAAAAUUUUAAAAAGGCUGCGGAGGUAACGCUAUGUGACGGAAUCACACAGCAAUGUAUGGAGUGCUGAAGUCACAGAUGACUUCUGGCCCUGAGAAAGGCCAGCAUGUAACCACCAUGAACCCAAGCACUCUUUUUAACCAUUUGGUUUUUGUACAGAUUAAUUAAACGAGACCUAACGUGGUAAUUUGUGAGCUUUGGAGGUCCAGGCAGGUGAUUUUUGUUAGACAGAGUCAGGCUAGCCAUUUACCUGUUUUCCAGUCUUUGUGCUAAGCUAACUGUCUUCAUAUUUAUCUUACAGAUAUGAAAGAUGCAUCAGUCCUCUCACCUAACUUUCAGCAAAAAUGUCAGUAGGUGUGUUUCCUAAAUUGUAGAACUAUUCCUUUAAAGAGAGUCCAGCGAGACACAUUUUUUCAGCUUUUAAAAACUGAUCAAUAUUGAUUCCAAAAAUUCUGUUUUAAAUCAUAUAUCAUAUAUCGUUUUAGACUUCCCACUUACGAAUGUUUGGUUGGACAUCCAGCAGACUAUCGCUUGAGCUUCUUGUUUUUCAGAUGAUUUUUUGAAAGCCAAGAUUGUCCAGGUGGGCAGUCUGAAUAUCUAUUCUAUAAUAUACAGAGUUUUUUAAAUAUAUAUGUGUGUGUGUGUGUGUGUGUGUGUGUGUGUGUGUGUAUAUAUAUGUAUAUAUAUAUAUAUAUAUAUAUAUACACACACACACACUUUAUUCUUGAAUGAUGGGACAACAACUUGAAUCCAACCAGGGAACAUUACGUUUUCAGCAUACUUGUGGUUGAAUUUUAAGUUAAAAUGUAAAUAAUUUGAACAUGUUAGAUUUUAUGUGAAAAAGUUAAAUAUUUACAACACAAAAUUAAAUAUUUUGGUGCAUA